CUAACUUUAGUGGAUCAACCCCCGGCCUAGACAACUCCAGAGUCCAGACGCUACCCGGUGGGUCUGGGCAGUUUCUCUCGAGUCUCACUCUCAUCCCCAUCACAUAAGCCACCUCUAUCCGUCCAUCUGGGGUACCGCCAGUCCGAUCGAGCGAUUGAGCCGAUGCCCGUUAUGGCCCGGGACAAGGACAUACCGUCAGUCCAGUCCUUGGAUAAGCCGGAGAGGCUGCAAGACCUUCUCAAACAAGAUCGCGGAGAUGACUGCCUCCCCUGCAGGGUCGUGGGUGGCGGCGCUUUUCUAGGGCUCGCAGCAUACAGCUACUUCUCCGGGCAGGCGCAGCUUGAGCAGCAAAGGGCAAAGAUCCUGGCCAGCGGCUCCAGGUUCGGCAUGCGCAGCAGGAGUUGGGCCAUUACGGGCAUAUCACUCGGCCUCGCCUGGCUCGGCAUUUGGAGGCUGGCCAAAUGAGUGCGCUUCAGCUUUGCUCAUGUACCGAGCUUGCGGCAAACACCCUCACACCUCACCCGUCGCUGCGUCGCAGUCAUCAGGUGCGCGCGCAGCCAGGCAUUGGCUCGCAUCGCUCAUCCAUUGAGAGUGGGAGCAUGUCUGGCUCACGGGCUUGGGCCUUAGUUGGCAGCGCAGUGUCUUGAACCAACACAACAGCGCGCGCGGCCGGCGACUUCGAUCCUCAACAGAUGGGUGCUCCGAACUCGCCGUCUAAGGCUUCGUUCUCUUGGGGCGAUCAGCUAGGUUAUGCUGCUCAAGCCAUGACACCUUCGAGCAUUGGAGCAGGCUAAGAGGGGUCGGCCUA